UACAAACGUCAAUGUCAACCGUAGAGUUUUGAAGCAUUUUGAAGUGUCAGCGAAGAAAACGUGAAUAUAAACUUAUUUCCAUUCUUAAACGUGUUUGUAUUAUUUACCAGUUUAGAUACAAUAACUUUAAAACUGAAACUCAGGGUAAACAAAGUAAAAAAAUAAGAUAAAUAAGUUUUAUCACAAGAAACAAGAAACGACACGCGAAAGUUUUUGUCAGAGAAAUGCGGAGCUAUGAACAAGACACACCGCCGUCGUCGGUAAACGGUGACGAAAUUAGCGCUAUGGACGAGGAAGGCGUCAUAUACUUUGACGAAAUGGAUGAGCUGCAGUUGGACGACGAUGACAUGGAAGAAGUGACGGACCUAGAAGAAGAUUACACUGACAUGGAGCCGCCAGAAGAUCACGCGUCUCUAGUAUUUAGUAAGCACGUGGGAUCGGUGUUUUGUUGUGACUUGCACCCUGACGGCAAACUAGCGGUGACUGGUGGUGAAGAUGACAAAGCGUAUGUAUGGAAUGUGGAAACAGGACAAAUAGCAUUGGACUGCUCGAGUCACAAAGAUUCAGUCAUAUUUACUGGGUUUAGUUGUGAUGGAGCGUAUUUGGCGACAGCAGAUAUGUCUGGAGUGAUUAAAGUAUGGAAAACUCCCACUGAAGAGAAUCAACCUUGGAGUAUUGUCUUUGAAUAUGAAGCGGAUGAUUUGUCAUUUGCUUUAUGGCAUUUUGGUGCUAAAGUUCUUAUUGUUGGUUCUGUGUCAGGUGAUAUGUACGUAUUUAAAAUACCAUCAGGAGAAACUAAAGUCUUACAAGGACACAACAUCAAAGUGGAAUGUGCAAAGUUGUUUUAUGAUGGUGUGCGGCUGGCAGCUGGCUAUGAGGAUGGUGCAAUGAAAAUAUGGGACUUAAAAUCAUCAACAGUACUACACCAUGUGACUGCAGCAGUCCACCAAAUAAGGGUUACAGCAAUUGAUGUGCAUCCUGACAACAGUCUGGUCGCAUCAGUGUCCACAGAUGGUAAAGUCAUCCUGACCACAACAACCAAUGGCAAGGUGGUGGGACAACUCCAGACUGAAACAGACCUAGAAACAGUAGCAUUCGUCCAAGAUGCACAAUUAGGAUACUUUGCACUAGGUACUUUAACGGGUGCUGUAAGCAUAUGGGAUGUAGCCAGGCAGAUGAUGCGUCACCAAUGCGCCACAUCAGAUGACGUCGGCGGAGACAAAAUGAUUUGGGUUAAAGAUCGUUUAGUCACCGGGUGUCUCGAUGGCUCCAUUCGCGUUUACGAAGGCCGCUCCGGUGAAAAGAGUCUCAUGCUCACUGGACAUAGAUCUGAGGUACUCGAUCUGUGCUAUAACGCGAAACAAAACAUUAUAUUGACUACAUCUGACGACGGAACUGCAAGAAUAUUUAAAUACGAAGUAAACAAAGACAAUGAUUAAUUGUUUUCUUUUCCUUUUUUUGUACUAGUAAAUUGCUGAUUAUGUUGGCAUUUUGUUAAUUUAUACAUUAUAUCAUUAUAUUUUGUUGCUGUAUUGAUUCA